UCGCUUUGCCCACGUGACUGCCGAUCAUGUGAUGAUCAGCUGUGGUUUGUUUGGAUCGCGGAGGCUCGUGUUUUUACUUCCGAACGAACGCUUCAGCGUCGCACCUGAGGAGUUCUGUUUAGUCUCGAGCGCCUCUCGUUCUUCAGGACAGCGGACGCGGCGAUGCUGAGGGCGCGGAGCAGCGGCGGGUGUGGCGCGCUGGAGGUGCGUCUGCUGGCGGAGCGCGAUGCGUGCGGGGCGCUGGAGGACGCCGCGGCGCUGGAGCUCAGCAGGGGCCCGUCAGUGCUGUGCUGCUGUGUGAAUAGAGCGGGUGAAGUGAGGGUGAGGAGCGUCUCUGAGAGCAGAGCAGCACUGCACACCCUCCAGCACACCUGCACGGAUGUUGUGUGGGAGGACCAGUGGGAGAGCAGCGGUCGUGAUGUGAAGCUGAAGCUGCUGCUGCUGGACUCUCGGUGUGCUCUGAGGCUGUAUGAGCUGGAUCCUCAGGGUCAGCCGCUGCUUCUGUGUGAGAGAUCGUCCGAUUCACUGCUGCAGUGUGUUCAACACAGACACCCCGAUGUGCCGGAGCUGCUGUCUCUGAGGCCGCUGUGGUUCGCUGACGGCUGCUGUGUGCUGCUGCUGAACACGUGUCUGCUGCUGCAGCUCCGCUGGACGGACGAGACGGCGCAGCUGGAGACACUGUCCUGCGUUCGGCUGGCUUCUCCUCUCCAGACGGAGGACGCCUGCACAGACUGCCGGCUCUGUCGGGGGACGCUCUUCAUUCUGCUCAGGACUGGCCUCACAUAUGUGUUUGACAGCACUGAUGGGAAACUCUUGGCUUCAGUGGAUUUCCCCUCAUACUGCGGUCUAGCAGACGUCUCGUCCUUCUGUCUCUUCCAGAUCUCCCAGGAUCUCAGUACAGCUGUGAGCGUCACGCGGCAGAACCAAGCCCUCGCCGUCGACCUCAACCACUACUUCAGGAAGUAUCCAGAUCACCUUCAUUGUCGCUCAGCCCCUAAUCGGCCACUUCUCAGGCCCACUGAAUCAUGGGAUCAGGACAGUCUCGCGAGCUCCGUCCACAGCCUGUCAGUCCUGGAUAAACCUUUCCAAACAGACAGGUCGUGGGAGGCGCGUCUGUCUUCGCUGUAUGGUCGAUCUAAAGCUCCGGAGGGCAGGGGUUAUCAGGGGUCACCCUGGUACAGAGAUUUCCCUCAUGUGGAGUGCCGUCGAGCGGCGGCCACCGCCAAACUCUCUCAGCCCUCCGUGAAGCCAGGGGGCGCUGUGACGCGUUUCGACGUGCCGGACGGAGCGACCGCAGCAGGCCUGAACGUCUCUGAGUUCUCUGCGCUCGUUACGUUCGUUUGUCCUGGAAACACAAACACGGUUCUGGCUUACUGGGAUCUGGAGGGUCAAAGCGUGACGUACCACCGCGCAGACGCCCCCGCCGCCCCCGUCCAGAGAUCAGCUGAGGAGCACCUGUGUCUGUUACUGAAGCCCUCGGGUCUGUCGGUGGUUUUGUUCUGUGUGACGCAGGACGAGCUGUUGAACCGGCUGAUGGUUUUUGGCACAGCCGGGACGGUCGACUCGCUCUGUCAUCUGAAUGCCUGGGGACGCUGUUCAAUACCCAUACAUGCCCUACAGGCCGGUCUGAAGAACCACCAGCUGGACACGGUUGAUUUCUUUCUGAAGAGUAAGGAGAACAUCCUGAGCCCCGCGUCUGGGUUUGUUCUGCCCGAUCAGACGCCGGCCGCCUCGACCCAAAGCCUUCUGAGGAAUGUGCAGGCUCUAUGUCCGGCUCUGGAUCUGCUGCGUUCUGCCAUACAUGACACACACACUGAAGCUCAGAGCCAGCAGUUCUGUGAUCAGCUGCUGAGCAUCACACUCACCUUCCUCAACACUCAAACCAAAGUCCUCCUCACCAGCACACACGAGCUGGACGAGAACCUCUGUUACAUCAGAUCUCACAUAUGCUCCUCUCACUUUAGACCUGAAGUUGUUCAGCACGCUAUCUUGAGCAGACGGAUCCCCACUUGCGCAGGCGCUUUCCUGCGCAGACGCGGAUCUCUUGAAUGCAGUCUGGAGGACAUCAGGAAGACGGGACUGAGACGCACCUUCACCUGUCUCACUCACAGAGACCUGCAGCAGGCCAAAACACUGCUGACUCACAUGGGCUUCAAUGUGAAGGAGCAGCUCCACACGCAUCUGCGUUUCACCCAGCCGAUCGGGAUCUAAGGGCCUUUCAUGGUGGAGGAGGCCCUGCAGAAGCAGGACGUUACCUCUCGUGUGAAGAGCCUGCAGCAGGUGGAGUUUAUUCAGACCAUUAAUAACUUGUGCUCGACACCUGCGACGAGAUGCUCCAGCCGUCUGGAUGUGUCCAGGGUUCUUCAGAUGAGCCGGUCUGAUCCCGAGAGCAGGCGACUGCUGCAGGAGAUCACGCAGGAAGCGGACUCGUCCCCCUGCGGCUCUCUACUGGAUCCUGUGCGUCUGGACUGGGUCAGAUACUGGGACAGAGACACGCAGAGCUCCAUCCUUCUGUCCCGACUGCAGCCGUCCGCUCAGGGUUCGUGGGAUGCCUCUGUUCUCUGGUCGUAUCUCACCUCUCUUCAUGAUGGUGUCCGAGCCUCGGCGUGGGUUUGCAGCUCGACCGCGGCUGACGCCCCCCGCUGGCCUGCGCUCGCGCCGCACAUCAUCAACCACCGCAGCCGCUGCGGACGCUACCUGCGUGAUCAGAUCCUGGACCUGCUCGCCCGUCAGGGCCUGUUUGUGCAGUCGGAGAUAGAGGACUUCCAGCAGUUGCUAUGGCGACUGGGUCAAGCCGGAGGAGUGAUGCAUCAUGGGAAGGAUCCUCCUGUCCCACAGGAGCAGGAGUUUCACCAGCGCUUCGUCCUGCACUGUCUGGAGAACAGCCUGCAGUACCUGCUCUACUGCUACCUGGAGCACUACAGGUUAACUCCCGGGAACUGCCCGCUCCUGACCGACAGAAACCUGUUUGAGAGUUUCCCCUGGUUUGAGAUGAUGCUGAAAUUACAGAAGAUCACCAGAGACCUUAAAGAGCCGGAGCGGGUGUUCGGGGCCAGUCUGACGGCGGCGCAGGUUCUGCUGCCCGGGAGUCAAGCCAGCAUCAGCAGCAUGUUACUGGAGGGUCACAGUCUGCUCGCCCUGUCCACCAUCAUGUUCAGACCGGGCGGCAUCGACCAGGCCGUGCGCGAGGGCGAGCGCGGUCAGGACCCGCUGAGCAGAGUCGACCCGCAGCUGCUGCGAAUGGCCCUCGGCGCGUAUCCCAAACUCAGAACGGCCCUGUUCCCUCAGAGCGGCCCGCGCUGCGAUGUGUCCCUCUACCACCUCCUGCAGGCUUUGCAUCCUCUGGAUCCCUCCAGACUGUUCGGAUGGCAGUCGGCCAACACCACAGGCGGCAGCGAAGCGUCCAGAAGCGAGCCGCCGCGACACUUCUCCCAGCUCUCAGCUCGUGCAGUAAGUUCGCCGUCGUCGAGAAUCUGGACUUCCUGUAUUAUACCUGAGUCACGGCCCGGCCGUCCCGUGUUCGCACAUUCGGGGUUUUUCCUCACGCAAGCAGCUCCUCGACUGCAGCAACGUGAACGCUCCAGUGAGUCCAUGCUCUCAAUGUGUGUGUGUUUCUGCGAGCUGCUGGGUGUGUGUAGCCUCAAGCUGAGGGUGGAUCUCUGUGUGCUGAACCUCGUCCUCAGACUCUGGACUCAGACCUGCGAGGACCACAGAGACGCCGCUUCACUGCGGCAGACGCUCGUGGAGAAGGCCGGCAAGCUGGUCAGCGGUGAGAAACGAAGCGCUCAGGAGCUGAUGGUUCAUCUGGAGACAGGCAGGUCAGAGACGGCUCUGGAGAAGAAAGGCGUCUGUCGAUCGUCGUACGAGGCGGCGCAGGAGUGGGCACUUCCUGUCCAGUUCUGUCACCUGCACGCUCUUCCUCUAAGCCCUGCGUUCCCACAGGACUGCGCUCGUGACGGACAGUGGCUCAACUUCCUCCUCUACACAAGUCUUAAUCUUUUACAUCACAACUUCAUAUGCUUUUGUUGGUUGGUCCAGGUCAGAUCUCUGGCGGCCAGUUUCUGUCCGGCUCUGCAGUCGCACAUUUCUCUGGCUUUCCAAGAUCUUCAUCCGAGCAGCUCCCAUCAGGCUCUGGAGGAUCAAGGGAGCGUCGCUCACGCUCUCCCCCGAGACGAGAGCCCCGAGCCCCCCAGAGAGCUGUUCCAGGUGCUGCUGGAGAGCCAGGAGAAGCCUUCCGAAGCGGUCCGUCAGCGCAGUCCUGCUCUCCCCCAGCUCACUCCCUCCCAUCACGCCGCCGAGCUGCUGCAGUGUCUCUGCGUGUGGAUCCUGGCGUCUGUCGGUGAUGAUGUCACUCAGGAAGCCACCGCCCACCUCCAGGAGAGCCCCGCCCAUCACGUGUGGAACCUCCACGAUCUCUCCGUCUUGUGGAAGACGCUGCUGUGCAGGAGCAAGAUCAGGCCUCUGAUUCGUGGAUUCCAGCUGUUUCAGAGGGAGUCUCCGCUGAUUUACAUGCUGCACAUGUAUGAGUUCUGCUCGGACUACAAGGACUAUCAGCGAGCCAAAGACAAGCUGCUGGACUUCCAGAAGUGUUUGCUCAAUUUGCGGAGCAGCAGUGUGGUGCUGAGCUCAGACGUGCUGCCGGUCCAGUGGGUCGAGUCUCAGGCUUCGGUUCUGCUGCUGACGCUCCUGAAGCAGAGCAGGACUCAGUACGAGCUGCGCCGGCUGCUUCAGCUGCUGGUGGACAUGGAGCGGCUGCUCAAAUCCAACGGUCCUGACUUCAGGAAGCUGAGUCAGCUGAGUCAGGUGCUGUCAGACACUCCUGUGCCGCUGUCUGCGUGUCUGCUGGACCAUUACUCCAGCGCCGGCCUGCAGGACGAGUGCAGGACCAUCAUGCAGCAGCUGCAGGACCUCGGCCUCUUCACGCAGGCCAGGACCGUCGCACAGCUGGCCGAGCUGCCUCGACUGCUGAUCAUUAAUGAGCUGCAGCGAGAUCUGUGCGCUCAUCGGCAGAAGCGUCAGUGGGAGAGACAGGAGACGCGGCUGUCCUUCUGGAGAAGGUGCCACGAGCAGCUGGAGACGGACCGCGUCCAGCCCGAGGCCGCCUCUCAGUUCUUCCUGACUCAGGCUGAGGAGCCGCUGGAGUCAGGUCCGGAGCUGGUUCAUCUGCAGGAGCGCUGUCUGCUGCUGGGUCUGGCGGGUCACUGGCUGUCUCUGUGUGAUCCUCCGCUCCCCGUCUGCCGUCUGGCCGCGCUGGAGAAGCGUCAGUGGCAGAGUCGUAUCCGCUGGCUGCUGCUUCACACGGCUCUGGAGCGUCAGAGUCUGUUCGCGCCCUCGGCCCUGUCCCAGGACUCCUUCCAGAGCCUCCUCAAGGAGUUCUCCUUCUCCAGGAUGGUGGCGCUGGACGACCCGGUUCAUCUGAGCGUGUCCGGGCUCCCGGCGGCCGAGGACGAGUGCGUGCUGUCCGGGGACGAGCGCGAGGCUCUGGCCGCUCUGGUGGCGCAGCUGCUGGACGAGGGGGGCGUGAGCGAGGCCAGUCGCGUCUGCAGGUAUUUCGGGUUGUUUCACAGAGACGUGUGGCUGGUCCUGAAGUGUCGCGGUCUGGCGAGCGGAGAGCUGCAGCCUGAGCUUCACAGCCCUGAUGGAGAAACCAGACGCAGUUUGCCAUCAUCUCCUAGCAUGAGCAGCCUGUCGUCGUUCGUGGUGGUGCCGUCGCCGGACGAUCAGGUUCUGGUUCAGCUCAAACAUCUGGUGGAUCAGUGCUGCAGCGGCAAGAGUUACUGCAAACAAGUGCUGAGCCUCUACGAGCUCUCGAAGGAGCUGCAGUGCUCGUUCGCUGAGAUCUCGUCGGAGGAGCCCGAGGCGGUUCUGAGGAAGGUUCUGCUCUCGCAGCAGGUGGACCGUUAUAAGCGCGCUCAGGCCUUCAUCAGUGUUCAGGGCCUGCAGCCCGACGCCGUCGCCCGCCUCGUCUCCACUGCUGUGCUGGAGGGCUUGCUCGCCUCGGCUCAGGAGGGAGAAACCGGAGAGCGGCUGAUGUACGGCCCAGCCGACGGGAGAGAGACGUUCCUCCAGCUGGCCAAACUGUGUGGAGACCCAAACCUGGUCGGCACCAAACUGAUGGACAGUAUCCCGACCGUCCCGCUGUCAGAGCUCAGCUGCACUGUGGAGAUCUUGAUUUUGGCUCAUGACUGCUUCAGUCUCACCUGUAACAUGGAGGGAAUCGUGAGGGUCCUGCAGGCGGCCAGACACCUGAGUCACUCACACCUGGCUCACGGAGACGGCUACGGACUCCUGGUGCGUCUCCUCACAGGUAUCGGCAGGUACAAUGAAAUGACGUACAUCUUUGACCUGCUCCAUCAGAACCAUCGCUUCGAGAUGCUGCUGAGGAAGAAGGUCGAGUCGAACGUCAGGCUGAAGACGGCUCUGUUGGACUACAUCAAGCGGUGUCUGCCGGGUGACAGCGAGAAGCACAACAUGGUGGCUCUGUGUUUCAGCAUGCGUCGAGAGAUCGGAGAAAACCACGAGGCAGCGGCGCGAACGCAGCUCAAAAUCAUUGAAUCACAGCCCUGGGCGAUCACUGCAGAUCUGAAGAGUGCUCUUAUGAAGGUCCUGACUUUACUGAAAGACGCAGCUGAGAGCUACUCGAAAGACUCCUGUGUGCGUCAGGCUGUGAAAUGUGUCAAACUGGCCAAACUGGUGACUCUCCAGCUGCACUUCGUGACUCAGGGACAGGAGCAGCGCGUCAUCAACCUGCGGCCGGCAGACCUCCAGAGCACCAUCGUGUCUUUACCGCGCUGUUACCAGGUGUUUGUGCUGGCCGAAGCGUACGACCACAGUCCGGACUGGGCCGAGCUGCUCUAUCAGAAGGUCAUUCUCAGAGGAGACUUCAGCUAUCUGGAGGAGUUCAAGCGGCACCGAGCGCUCAGCGCUGGCCUGUUCGAAGACAUCUCCAAGAAGAUGUCUCAUCACAAAGCGCCGGCGAGCUCCAGUCAGAAUCUGAAGAAGCUUCUGUCUCACUGCGAGGACGUUUACACUCAUUAUAAACUGGCUUACGAGCACAAGUUCCUGGACGUGGCCAACAUGCUGCUGCAGGACUCCAAGACCAACAGCUUCCUGAAGGACCGUCUGGGCACCUGACCCCGACACAGCUGCACCACGCGCUCUUACUGUUUAAUCAUGCCUUCCCUAUAUAUGGAGCGCUCUAAACAAGCAAAACUAACCUGUCUUUGAUUGAUUUCCAGUAAAAGUGAUUCUUGACCGUUUCCAGGCGUCUGUGUUUCUGUCCUGAUGUGCAUCAGCACGAUGCAGAUGUUUUUACACCAUUAACACGGUAAAAUGCUGUUUUGCUACAAGACCUUGCUGUGUUUGAUGUAGAAUGAAACAUGUUAUAUUUUUCUGCAUUUUCAAAAAGCAUAUCUAAUUAACUGAAAUCACGAAACUUGCACAAUUUAACAACAAUGUAUUAAAAGUUUAACAAAAAUUA